CAUGACGCGAGGUAGUAGUGCUGGCUUUGACAGGCACAUUACAAUUUUCUCUCCUGAAGGCCGUCUCUAUCAAGUAGAGUAUGCCUUCAAGGCCAUCAACCAGGGUGGCCUCACCUCUGUUGCGGUCAAGGGCGUUGACGGCGCUGUUUUUGCAACACAGAAGAAAGUACCCGAUAAGUUGUUGGACCCCAACACUAUGACCCAUGUUUUUCAAAUCACGGAUCACAUAGGAUGCGUGAUGACAGGAAUGAUUGCUGACAGCAAGUCUCAAGUACAAAGGGCGCGCUAUGAAGCUGCCCAUUACAAGUACAAGUAUGGGUAUGAAAUACCAAUUGAUGUUCUAUGCAGAAGAGUCGCGGAUAUCAGCCAAGUGUACACGCAAAAUGCAGAAAUGAGACCACUUGGUUGUUCAAUGAUUCUCAUUGCUUAUGAUAGCGAGCAUGGACCCUGCAUCUACAAAGCUGAUCCAGCUGGCUACUUUUGUGGCUAUAGGGCUGUGUCAGCUGGUUCCAAGCAGACCGAAGCCAACUCUUACUUGGAAAAGAAACUAAAAAAGAAGCAAAAUUUCGAAUUUGAUGAAACUGUGCAGCUAGCUAUCACUUGUCUGUCUACAGUUUUGUCUGUUGAUUUUAAACCAUCUGAAUUGGAAAUUGGAGUUGUCUCCAAAGACAACCCUAAAUUUAGAAUUCUAACAGAACCAGAAAUUGAUAGACAUUUAACUACCAUUGCGGAAAAAGAUUAAAACCAAUCCAACACAAAUGUACUGGAACAUUGAUUUUUUUUAUACAUACAAUAAAACUCUUAUUGAAUUUUAACUCCUGUUGGAAUAAAAACACACUUUUGAAUUAAAA